AAUGGGAGCUGCGCAGGAAGGCAGGAAGACUGUGAGGACUGUGAACCUGCUGCCACAAACAAACAACAAAGACUCAGCAGAGCACUGGGAAGAAUGGGAGCUGCGUAUGGAAAGAAGAAGGCGUACACCAUCGACCACGAGCCUCCGCUGAAGCAGCAGUGUGUGAAAAAUGGAAAGCACCCAAACGGCAAAGCCUCAGCGUAUGCAGACCUGCAGCAGCACCGGUCUGAGGGCGUCCACAGGAAACCAUCCCCGGUGUCCAGCUACGUCCCCCAGCCUGACUACGUGGAGGGAGACGAGGAAGACGACCUCAUAAAACCCAAGAAGCUGGUGAAUCCUGUCAAAGCUUCAAAAAGUCACCAAGAGCUUCACCGAGAGCUGCUGAGCAGCUACAAAAGGGGUGGGGUGACUGUGGAGACGAAGCCGGAGCUGCACAGAGUGCUGGAGUCCAGGAAAAGAGAUCAGCUGAUCAAACAGAGGAAACAGGAGGACGAAGCCCGAAAGAAGAUUUCUCCUCUUGAGGCCGAGCUGCUGAAGAGACACAAGAAGCUGGAGGAGCUGGAGAAGCAGCAGGAGAAGGAGCAGGAGGAAAACCUGAAAGCUCCGGAGUUCGUGAAAGUGAAGGAGAAGCUGAGACGGACGUCUUUUCACAGUAAAGAGGAGAAGGAGGUGUAGAGACAGAGCUGCUGUCCUCCAGGAGACGGCGAACUGAGAACCGGACUGUCCACGUGUUUAUAGGACGCAAAGGUGUCACACUGUGUCCUCACUGAGGACACAUUGAGGACACACUGCCCAGAUGUUGAAAGCUGGACAGAACAGCUGUGACGUCUCUUUGGAGUCGAGCACUGAAACUGCGAUGACAGGAUACACAACGAACAGCUAUCUCAGGUAAACACACCUGGAACAGGUACAGCCUCAGACAAUCUAGUGUUUGACCUCAUCGGCGUUGGACACAUGGUACGUGAUGGACGGAGCACCAUGGACGUGGACAACAACUGUCUCCUCAGAAGGAAGGACGAUGUUAGAGAUCGUAUAGAUUUGAGUUAUUAUCUGUAACUGUUUCCUAACGGAGGAAAUUCAGAAACAUCCGGCAAAAAAAUCCUGAAGAAGUUUUCUUGAUUCUCUUUUUUCGUUUUGAUGUUAAAUCAAAUUUACAGGAUUGUACAGACGUCGCAGUGACGUGUGAGGACUUAUUUCAGAUGUCUCCACUUCCUGUGUUAGAAAAUAUCUGUUUCUUUGAUAAAAAGUCGAAAGUAAAAGCUUGUGGACAUAAAAAUUUUGGGGGAGGAGUUAACUACAAUUCCCUGGAUGCAUUUAGGCGCUUAAAAUCCUGUCACAUGAGACAUUAAUGGCAGGUGAGAUUCACCGUUGAAAUCUGCUGCUUCAAUCAGUUUUGAAAAAGUUCAGCAGCUGUGGAGCCACGUGUGUUAACAACUGUAACAACGAAGACAUGUCUCCAUGGCAACGUCAGCUGAGGCUCAUGGGUACUGUAGUAUUUAUACCUGUCCACCAAAAUGUCAACAAAAGAUGUUCUCUCAGAAAUAAAGCUGAAAUAAUUCAAACUGGUGUCAGAAACUUGGAGAGAGACUUCUGUUAUUCUGUGUUCAGCUGAAACUGAAAUGAGAAAACACAUUUCAAAACCAUUACAAGAAAAUAUCUGAAGAUACAAGAUUUUCUUGUUAUUACAAAAUACUGUACAUCUAAGUACAAGAUACAGAACUUGUAAUUCAAAGAAAAUAUUUCAUUCAUAUGAAUUCAUUGCUCGUAAUUAGAAAUUGAGGAUUUAUUCUUGUAAAUACAAGAUACUAUUUAUGUACAAUUAAGAAACUAAGAAGUCACAUUUACAAGAAAAGCUCUUAUUAUACGCUGUAAUUAUAAAACUGUGUAAUUAUGAAUAUUGUUUUUUGUAAUUACAAGAUGUUAAAUCAUAUUUAUGAUAUAAGGAAGUUGUAUAUUGAGAUUCACAUUUAGUUGUUAUGUUUUAUGAGAUUUGUUUUUGUUAUCAUCAGAUGCAAAGAAAAAUCUCACGAUUACAAGAUUUGUAUCUUGUAUGUAGAUUGGUGUCUUUACCUUGACUUUUCUGAACGCAGUAAAUUAGAAGUGUAUUGCAGUUGCACAAGAAAAGAGUUUCUCUUUUCUACAAGAUCAUGUAAUUAGAUGAAACUUAUCUAAUUACUGUAAUUCUUGUAGAUUGUAGAUUGUAAUUGUCAGGACUUCACCCAAAAGCUCUGACUGGUGAAGACAACGAAGAAAAUGUUGUCGUCUGUUCGACCACCUGAACUUGUGCCUAAAUUUCAUCUGUGUCAGUGGAUGAAGAUUUCACAGGUCAAACUUCAGCUGCACUGUAACAAACGUUUUCUAUCACUUGUUCAUUGAUAUCACAUUCAUAAUUGUGAUAAAAGGUGUUAGACUUACAUGAUUUGUAUGUUGUAAUGACAUGUUUACCGAGUUUAUUACAAUGUACAAAAAUAUUAAUCACAUUAGAUGAUCUCAUAUCUUAUUAUUACAAAAUACAGUUUGUUUUCGUAAUUACAAGAUGCUAAUUACAUAUAAUCAUAAUACACAGAAAGUAUAAUGACAAACUCCAUACCUCAAGUUAUUAUUCUUGUAAUUAUGAGACACAGAUUAAUUAUUAAUUAUUAAAAAACACCUUUACAGUCCACUGAACAAAGAGUCAUUAAUAUUCAGCUGAACCACGAUGUGUUUUUGUCUCUGACACUAAAAAUGUUGUGAUGACAUUUAACAGAUGAACAGGAAGUUACUGUGUGAAGUGUAUUAAAGAAAGAAUUAAGUAAAUCAGAAUCUGACAGGGGACACGAGGCCUUUGACAUUAAUAUGAUGGGAUGCAUCUUACAGGUCACAUUAAAGUGUAACUGAAGCCUUACGUCGAACUGUACAAUCACUGAAAUCACUUUAGACUUUCACUGUGUAAAACAAUGAAGAUUAAAAUCUAACAGACUUAUUUUUGUUUCUGUCUGACUUUGCUGUAUUUUCUUUUUUGUGGCUUUUGAAGCGCUGUUGGUUCUGAUGAACAUAUUUAGACUCAGUUCAAUAAAACUAAAAGCUGAUGCAGAAACGCUCGAGGAUGAAAAUA